UGUGUUAUAUUAUUAACCCACGGGAAUGCUCUUCAGCUAUCUACACAUUCUUGCUUGGUGUCUGUAGCAUGUGUAUCACCGCAACCAUGAAAAGGUCUUUAACUUGUGGGUACAGUCAACUUUUCAAAUGUCAAAAGUCCCUGCUCCCCUCAAGAGUUUCUUCCAGGUAUCUGUCAAACAAUGAGAACCCACAAAUGCCUCCCUGUGAUUUUAAACCGCAAAAGUAUAAGGGUCUUCCAUAUGAACGUGUUACAGAGAUCCGCAAGAAGCACUUAUCUCCUGCACUGCUGACCAUAUAUAAGAAACCCAUACUGUUGCACCAGGGACACAUGCAGUGGCUUUUUGACUCUGAAGGACGUCGCUACCUUGAUCUCAUUGCAGGCAUAGUGACUGUUAGUGUUGGUCAUUGUCACCCGAAAGUAACAGAAGCAGCUCAGAAACAGCUGAGUCAUCUUUGGCACACAAGUAAUAUCUACUUUAAUUCUCCUAUUCAUGAAUACGCUGAGAAAUUAACCGCUCUAUUCCCUGGAAAACUAAAGGUCCUCUACUUGACUAACAGUGGCUCCGAAGCAAAUGAUUUGGCAAUGUAUAUAGCAAGACUACACACUAAAAGCUUUGAUAUAAUAGGAUUAAGGGGAGGCUAUCACGGUGCCAGUCCAUACACGCUGGGAGUGACUGCAGUUGGAGCUUAUAAACAAGGAAUAGCAAAUGGCAAUAGCAGCUACUCAACAAUGAAUCCUGAUGUUUUCCGUGGUAUUUGGGGAGGAAGUCACUGCAGAGAUUCCCCCGUGCAAACAAUACGGAAAUGCAGCUGCUCCCCAGGUUGCUGUGAAGCAAAAGACAGAUAUAUUGACCAGUUGAAGGACACACUAAAUACAUGUGCAGCAAAGAAUGUAGCUGCAUUUAUUGCUGAGCCAAUACAGGGUGUAGGAGGUGCCGUUCAGUAUCCCAAAGGAUUUUUAAAAGAAGCUUAUGAGCUGAUCCGUGAGAGAGGAGGUCUAUGUAUUGCAGAUGAAGUUCAGACUGGUUUUGGGAGAACAGGAAGCCAUUAUUGGGGAUUUCAAACUCAUGAUGUCAUGCCUGAUAUUGUCACAAUGGCAAAAGGAAUUGGUAAUGGAUUUCCAAUGGGUGCAGUUAUAACAACUCCAGAAAUUGCAGGGUCCUAUGCCCACGCUUUAUCAUUCAAUACAUUUGGAGGAAAUCCCAUCGCUUGUUCAGCGGCAUCUGCAGUACUGGAUGUCAUUGAAGAAGAUGGUUUGCAAAACAACUGUAAAGUGGUUGGUACCCACAUGUUGCUAGAAUUUGCAAAGCUUCGGGACAUGUUUGACAUUGUUGGGGACGUGCGCGGCAAGGGGCUGAUGAUUGGGAUAGAAAUGGUAACAGAUAAGGAGAGUCGUCGGCCUCUCCCUACUGAAGAGAUGAACCGCAUCUGGGAAGACUGUCGAGAAAUGGGAGUUCUGCUUGGAAAGGGAGGAUUGUACAGCCAGACGUUUCGGAUCAAACCCCCUAUGUGCAUUACAAAAGAGGAUGUAGACUUCGGUGUGGCUGUUUUCAAAAAGGCAUUAACAAAACACAUGGAGAGAGCAACAAAAUGAAACAAAUUAUUACUCCUGUCUUUAUUGAGAGGAAAAAACCUAAUCUGUGAAGCUAACAUUAUGACUGUGGUUUGUGAGUCAAACAGAUUAAAAUAAUGGGAACAAAAA